GUCUACGGGGGGCUGUCCCUGGAGUUCGCCAUCGCCUCCUGCGGCGCCACGGGCUCGGUGGUCUGCUGCGCAGGCCUCGGCAGCCGCCCCUGGCUGGCGUGCCUCCUCCCGCUGGCGCUCCUGGCCGCCGUGCUGCCGUGCAGGCUGGCCGUGCUGCAGCAGCGCCGGAUCGGGCGCUACGUGGAGAGGCUGGCGGCGGAGGUCGGCGGGCCGCCGCAGCCGCGCACGCGCAGGUCUGCCAGCGCGGGCCCCAAACAGAAAGUGCAAACGGGCCACCAUCGUGUCCUUCGAGUUUCACGCAGACGACGAGCGGGACUACGAGGCCUCUGCUCGAGCGGCACUGGUGGGCGCUGCCGGUGGCGCUGGCCGUGGCGACCCCCUGCAGCCUGCCGCGGAGGGUGGCGAUGGCCUGCGCGGGCGCCAUGAUGCAGCUCGGUUUCGUCCUGGCCCUCGCCAGCGAGCAGGUCGGCAUGGGCGAGCUGUACACCUCUCGCUGCGGGCAGGUCUCCGCAGCGGCGGACGGCUGGGCCCAACAGGCGGAGCGGUCCAUCCGCGAGCUGCCGCCGUACAGCGCCGCAGCCACGCUCACCACGCUGCUCUCCACCGCCUUCGUGGCUUUCUACGCGCCCGCGAGCGUGUGCCCUCGGCACAGGGAACACCUGGUCUUAGGAUCCCUCUGUUAA